AUGUACGAUACCAUGAAUCCGUUCAAACCAUCCAUGAACCGCGACCUUGCGGCUACCUACGGUAACAAUCUAAUGUAUGUAGCUCUACCGGGUGUGUAUGGACUGCUUUCUCGAUACUGGAUCAGCGGCAUAGACCCACUACUCAUCGCAACCACGGCCUCAUAUACAUACGUUGGUGUAGUGUAUGAAGUGGUAAACGAGACCAUACCACGUGCGUAUUAUCGACCCUUCUCUGCCAUGCAUAUCCUCGGGGAGCCCUCCGUUGGUUUCAACUCUGGUCGUAUCCAUGACAACGAGGCUGACAUCAGUGAGUUUCGACAUGAUGGAAGUGUAUUCGUACCCAAAUGCACAUCGAAGGAGCAAUCCGCAAGACUAAUCGAGCAACUACCGGACCGGACCACUGCUCUCAUCACUCACGCUACUAUGGUGGCACUCUUGACUGUAUUCUUCAUGAUAUUCGCACCAGAGUUCAGUGCAGCUACCACCGGAUCGACCUCACAGGGAACCAUAGAAUAUGUUCGGUAA